AUGGUCCGAGUCAAACAAGCCCCCCGCGACCAAUCCAAACUCACCGGGAAGCCACUUUCAGAGACCCUUGAGCCCUCACCUCUCCACAUCUUUAAGGGCAUUGAAGAAGAAAAAUGGAGCACCUCGCCAGAUCUGCUAGAGGGCAAUCUGUUAUUCACGCCAAAGGUGAUCGAUAACCUAACGCUGUACCUGCUGGCGAAUCCGAACCGGAUGUCGAGCCAUUUGUUCCGGGCUGAUAUCCUUCAUGAUAGCUUGGGUGUUUUGAGGACGCCUGCAGAGAGGGAGAGAUUGUUUGCUGAUUCUACUGGCAAGGUUGCUUUAUCGGGAGACGCUGAUGUUGCUGAUGAAGACGACGUGCAGCCGAUUCCUGCGAGAGACAUUGCGGGAUUCGAGCUGAGUCGGACGGUGGUUAGGAGGCUGAUUCCUAGGAAACCACAAUUGGAUCGGCCCUUGGAGCAGACUUGUCAUUUUUACGGGUCAGUUUAUGGUGGCUAUCGACGUCUGCUUGUUGUUUAUUCGCCGCAUAUAGCGUCCAAGGAGGAGCUGCCUUUUUAUCAUCCGCUUCUGCAGUCCUGGGCAUUGUUGUAUGAUUACUACAAGCCCAGAGCUACGUCUUCGGAAGAGGAGGAGGGUGGGGCAGGACAGUUGUCGUUGCAUUUUAUGCUUUACCCCGAUGAGCCGAUUCAAAACCGUCUCGAGCGCACACUGCAUGCACUGCUCAACACCCAGAUUCGACUGGCUCGGGGCUCAGAUAUCUCUACCAUGAUGCCUGAAGGUGGUAACUACAAGCCAACCAAGGAUAAUGUGCUCCCGCGACAUCUGGUUCAGGACACAUACUCGCGGUUGAAGCAGAAGUAUGCCUCGUGGCUGUGUCAGAACUGGGUAGAGGAUACACAGCCUUCAAAGCAUGUUUUUGAGGAUUUAUCGAUCAGUGCAUUUCUCAUUGAGCUAUGGAGGAGUAUGUACGGCGUGGUUCCUGCGGAGGAGAGAGGAAAGGACGGCCACGAUCGAAACUUCCCAGGCUUUGUGGACGUUGCGUGUGGGAACGGCGUGCUUGUCUACGUGCUCUUAAUCGAAGGCUACCAGGGUUGGGGCUUUGAUGCUCGUUGCCGAAAGACAUGGAAAAUCUUCCCGGAGACGGUGCAAGAGCGGCUAAGCGAGGAGGUCUAUAUCCCAAAGCCUUUUGCGGAUAUUCUCAAUGGUCCGGGAGCAAGCACGGACGCGCUUGAUGUGGGUGCAAAGACACACUCCGGCAUUUUCCCGAAAGAUACCUUCAUCAUGUCCAACCAUGCCGAUGAACUUACCGUCUGGACUCCGUUGAUGGCUGCUCUUGCUAAUCCAGAAUCACCACUGCCAUUUAUGGCGAUUCCAUGCUGCUCACACGCACUAUCUGGUGCGCGUUAUCGCUAUCCUCCGCCAAAGGACGGAAAGUUUGAUGAAGAGGAGGAAAACAAGGCACAUGAAGCCGAGCAAAACCCACAGCCGGCCACCGGAGACCUAAAAGCGCUUCGGGCCGCCAAGCUCGAUGCUCAGACCGAUGCCGGAGCAAACAAGUCAAUGUACGGCUGUCUUACUGCAAAGACUAUGAGUGUUGCCGAAGAGAUCGGGUACGACGUGGAAAAGACCAUGCUGCGGAUCCCGAGUACGAGGAACAUGGCCGUCAUUGGAGGCCGGCAACGAGUAACUUCAGAGUGGAACAGUAAGAAGAACAAGUCUGCCGUGCAAACCGGCCAUCCCGAUACGAACGUGGAUGCAGACUCCGGGGAUGAGAUUCUCACACUGAUUGAGGAAGUUGUCCGGCGGGAAUGUGCCCGAGAAGGAGGCGUGCAAGAAGCGGCCAAGAUUUGGAAGGAGCGGGCUAAGGGCAUCCACAGCGGCCGGGGACAGAGUCAACGGCAUUGA